GGACAUGGCACCGCGCGUUAGCAACCCAUAUUGGACAAUUGUUUGUCCUGUGGUGCUGGAGCGUUGGGUUGAUCUAAUUCCGCGCUUCAACGCCCAAGGCCUGGCAGCGUUCUACGAGGCUUAUCCGAACGCGUGUGCUGAACAUGAGGCAGGACCGCUUUGGGACAUCCUACAUCCUCCCAGAUAUCCUUCACAGCAAGUCUGGCCUGUACCUCCACAUCAAGCGACCACUUCCGCUCUCUUCCAUCAUCCACACUGUCUGUUCUCCUACAUUUGACGCCACGUUGAUCUCGGCAACGCCGCUGCUCUACUGCUCGCCACUAGCGUUACGAUGGCCGCCAUUGUGGCGUAUCCCCUCAAAACUGACAUCUCCGAACGAGACGCCUCUGGAGCAGGCGAACCGGAUAUCGAGCCCGACGACCAAUGGAAGGAGGAAACAAGGAAGCAGAUUGAAGGAGGGCUGUGGCAUUUCGUGGAAGAGGCAAAGCAGAAGAGGGAUGACGAGCUAAGCCUACAUUCGACAAGUCCUACUGACCAAGAUCGGGUCAAGAAGGAGUAUGAUGACAGGAUGGCAGAGCUCCGCAAAAUGGCAGAGGCGGAGUUCCAUGUGCUACUGCAAUACGAGAAGAAGCUGCGUCGUUGGGCGGUGCUUGGUGAAAUCCCAGAUCCAGAGAUCGUUCGAUUACAACGGGAGCGCAUGGCAGCCAUCCAGAGGAACACACAGCAGCACAGCGAGUCAAGCUCUGCGCGCGAGCAGGGUGGCCAAAGCGUUUUUAAGAGUGCGAGUGCAGCGCAGUCCGGCAAAGCAGAGCCCGCCAUAGUUGAUCGAGCCACGAACGCCACUGAGGCACGACAGGACGAUAGUCCUACUUCUGCUGCCAAGAAACCGAACCCAUUAUCUGGCAUCUCGGUCGUGUUCAACAAGAGUAAUCCAGCGGCAAGCGAGCAUUGCCUCGAUUUCCAGCGUCGGAUCGCAUCAGGAGAUCUGGAAGCCUCCUUCCAACUCAGAAGCUGGGUCGGCGAAGCCGCGUCCGUUCGUUGACACUUUUUUCAGAGACCGCAAACCAGGCAGCUUUGGUGGAGGAGGCAGUCUUUACGCGUCGAGGGCCGGCAGUACGCAUGUCCUUUCGAGACAGGGUAGCAACGUCGACACCGAGGCGAACACCAGGCGAGAACAAGCCGGGAAAGACGCGUUGGAGCAGGAAUGGGCAAAGACGUCACGAACUAAAGAGAAGCAGCAAGAG